GAAUGUUUUCUAAUUUUUAUUCAAUUUUCUGUCAUUUUCCUUCGCCACCUGAUCAACUGAUCGAUUCCUCGACCAACUGAUCUACGAUUUUCGUGCAUGAAGUAAUGAUGCAUAAGUGCAUGAAAUGAUCGCUAGAGGCGUUGCGUUCCAGAAGGCAAAGGCUGUGGUGUAAUUCCAUUUGUUCCUAGUGUUUUCCGCGAUCUAGUGGACACUGCAGACACUACGACCAAUAGAAAGGUGGACCCGUGAUGAUUAGGCUAUAGGCUAUGCGGCAUUGCGGCUAAAUGGACAAACUAUUGGGCUAUUAGAUAAUUAGAUCUUCUCUUGUGAGUAGACCGACAUUUGCGUUAUAUUUAUGAGUUGUCAUUGUCAUUAAGUAUCUCUAAACGCGGCCUCAAAAUUUUGUACCGAAAUACGCAGGCAGGAAUUCGACACGUUAGAGAAAUAUGAAACUUGCUUUGAUAUAGCGCAAAUGAUCAUUUGGACUUUCAUAUGUUAACUUAUUUAUUCAAAAUUAAAAACAAGUUUUUAAUCCAAUAAAAUAAUGACAGCAAAUUUAAUGAUCUUGCAGUAGGGAUUGUUACAUUACAUCUCAGGAAUAUUUGUUUUGAUUUAUUUACAUAAACUCGCCCUUUGUUUCUUCUAAAACUCGAGUUUUAAAUUUAAAUAUCUCAAUCACUGGAUUUCCCUUUGGUUUUUAUUAAUAGGCCUACAAGGAAAGUUAUUCCUACCGCCCCCCCCCCCCGAAAAAAAAAAAAGGAAAAUUAAAUAAAUAAAUAAAAAUAAUUUAAAUAUGUAUACAUAGCGUCUUCAGACCGGGUGUGUGUGUAUGACUUGAAAAAUAUUUUCUUACCCAAGGGCUGAGUCUCUAAAUAUUUAUUAAUCAUAAGUUUUCAUUAUGAGAUGAGGGAAGAGAAUCGUCAAACUACUAAGCUAAAUUCAUUUCAGCCUUUCGAACUUAAAUUGAAUUGAUGAUAGGCCUACAUAUUUUAUUAAUAUAUAAUAAAUCAAUAAAAUAAUAAUCUAUAAAUCUAAAAAAUAAAUUAAUUUACAACCUCAAGCGAAUUUCUAUGUUUCUUUGAAUUUUAUCCGAACUGUAUUCAACGGGAUCAAACCCGAAUUUUCAAGUGAUCUAUCAUUCUUAGCCUGACACUUGGUAUUCAAAUUCGCUUCAAUUCGUACAACUCUCACCGUACAUAUAAGAUUGUUGAUUUAUUAACAUUUUUGUUCAACACCCAUAUUUCAUACUGCCAUAUUUUUCUAGUUCAUACAGUAAAGCUUGCUACAGUAUCAAACGACGAAAUGAUCAUGUCAUGUCAUGUGCAAAAUAGUUGGACAAUAGGAAUAAACUUGAUAAAACUAUCCUCUUAAUUCUUGUUGAAUCGUGUUGAUAAUAGAGAACAGCGUUGAGAACGAUGAGAAGUUUUUCUAUUGAUGAACGCUGAUUAAUUUAUGAAUUUAUUAAAUCUUGAUUGUCGACAGUUAAAUUGUCGCACCAACCAACUGGCAUCAGCCGACCUAUUUUCAUUUGAUCUUUCCAGAGACUUUUCCAUUCAUCAACAGCGGUCCUAUUAAGUAACAUCAAAUGAGUGUUCAAGACAACAACUUGUAGCUUUUGAAGUCAUGUAUGGAUCUUCAGUUACUUUACUGCCGCAUAUGGAUAUAUAUACAUAUGUUGUCUCUUGCAUCGACACUAUUCUUCUGAACCCUUCUCGAUCUCAUUCAUUUCAGGUAUGUUAUGUCCUGCUAUUUGUGUGGAACUAUACAGCACCAAUCUCAAGUGCCGUAUACGUAUAGAUAAAAAAUAACACUAUAUAACGAUAUCGUAAUUGAAAUUCGAUUCCAACGAAGACAAUUGAUGCUUAGCUACCUCAAAGACUCCCUACUAUAUUUGAUGCGAAUCAGUAGGUUCUCGGUUUGAUAAAUUUGGUUCCAGCAUUUGGUAGACCCAUUGAGUGAGGAAUGACGGCAAGUUUUGGUUCAUAUUAGACCAUCCACCAUCCCUUGUGCCUAAACAUGUACAGCAAGGACGAGUCCAAGCUCUUCCACGUCUUUACAGAUGACAUAUAACGGAAAAAUAAAAAGAAUGAAAGAAAGAAAGCGAGAGGAAAUAGAGAGAGAGAGAGAGACGCCGACGAGUCACAUCAAAGACGACUAGGAAGAAUCAGAGAGGCAGGAUAAAAAGAAAUUGUAGAGUGGAAAACCCAAGCGUAAGCAGACAUGUUCGAGAGCUACUGGCUAGGCUACACAUCCAAGGAGUGGGCGCGAGCGCAGCACCCGGGUCAGCUUUAUUGAUCUAAGGCAGAACUGAGCGGCUCUAACCCAUUGCUAAAAAAAGAUUCUACGAGGGCUUCGGCUCCGCCCUUUCCCGCUUCUAAGCUCCUCCUCUCACCCCCCCCCCCCCUCCUCCAUUCCUUCCUCCCGCUCCUUACGAUUUAUCGUGAACGACUUUAAGGGUCGAAGGGGAAGUGAAGGAAAAGGGGAGAAAAGGAUAGAAUAGGAGUUGGAUUUCAGUCGGAGGAGGUAACGGCGGUGUAGGAGCAUUGCUAGAGCUAGUUCCUAGUGGUGAACAGUGGAACAGAGUGAGGGUGGAGAGUGGAAAGUGGGAGAAAAGGAAUAAGGUCGGUUCACGACGCACAUACACCACCAGUUGUGGCUUCACUUUCGUUCAAUCAGGUUGCAGUUUGUGGGCAGCCCGACGCUCAACUGUUAACAUCGUUCAGGUCGUCGGUAAACAUGCUAUAUCGUCGUCGCCAACAAAACGAGAAAUAAACCCAAGCCGACAAACCGAGAAACCAAUCCAGUGAAAGAAAAGAGUGAACUUGCUGGUCCCUUGGCUCUUUCAGUGCAACCGACCCUUGACGUUAGCAUAGAGACAAAAAAAACAAAAAAACAAAACAAAAACUAAAACUAAACUAAACAAGUGAAUCAAAAGAAUUGGAUUCUUUGUCCGUUUCGCUUGAUGGAAACAUCGUAGCUGCUACUCUCGCAUCAACUGCUGCUGUGCUCCAGUCGCCGCCUUCGAUUUAGGCUAAUCGCGUUCCCAGUGGUGUUUCGAGUGUUGUUCUACAAACUCGUGUUCCCUGCUGUAUAUCCCUGUUAGUGGCAGCCGUUCACCAGCCCGGUCUUGUUUCACGUACGCUCACGUACGCUAUAUUCGGGUCCAACGGCCAUCCAAACCCUAGAGACUGUCCCUCCCAUUCCGCUGGAUUGUAUAUUAAGUAUAUUAGCACGCUCGCGACGUAUCGCCUGCGAUUGCCGCCUCUCUCGUCUGUUCUGUGCUACACGUGCAUGCCAUUUGCUUCCGUUGCAAACCCGCAGUGGGUUUCUUGUCCGGCCUGUUUUCCAUCUCGCUCCGCCAUCAUUCGCCUUCCGUCUCUAAUCAAGCUUCCUUUGCGCAACGACGGCUCCAAAGAAAGGAAGACCGGACUAAAGAAAGAAAUAACGAAACAAACGAAACAAACGUCGGACGAAAAAAGUCAAACGGCACAAAGGCAAAAGAGAAAAGCGGGUCAGCAGGCUCCAGUGUUUGUAGAGGAGCAACAUCACGCGCCGACGUGAGCGAGUUACUGAUUGAACCCCCGACGACAAAGUGUUGCUCUACCACCAUGUCAUCAGCAGAGCACAGCAGAGCGAUCACGACCCUGGUUUCGGCGCCGGAUCGACCGCUGAAAGCUGAACGUUCACGACGAGCCCUCGGCCGAGUUGGUAGAGCUGUUCAAGCAGCCGUCGAACGGUUUGUCUUGGUUGGCGAAACAAUUGCCGACGACAACAGUGAAAUCAAGUUGGAUAUGUACGAGGCCUGCAGGGAGGCCCGCCAAGCUGGUGCUGCCAUUGAAAAGUUAUGCGAAAUGCAAUAUGACGAAACACAAACCUGCGGAACAGACGGCGAAAUGAGUCCAUCGGCCGGGAGUGGCGGAGGUGGAAGCGGUUCAAUUCUUGGUAGCAGCGGAAUGACCGACAAAGGUUCAAUGGUCCGAGCAGCUCGAUGUCUGCUAGCCGCUGUUACCCAAGUCCUUCUUUUAGCUGAUACCAUUGUAGUCAAACAGCUUCUUCAAGCCAAAGAUAAAGUGUCGAAUACGCUAACUCGCCUAGAGGGAGUAAACAAUUUCACAGAAUUUGUGAAAGCCUUCAGUCAGUUCGGAAGCGAGAUGGUUGAUUUUGCUCACGUGACGGGAGAUCGCCAGAACGAUUUGAAAGAUGAGAGACGGCGAGCCCAAAUGAGUGCUGCUCGUACUAUUCUAGAACGUUCAACGCUUAUGCUUCUCACCGCCUCAAAGACGUGUCUGCGACAUCCCGAGUGUACUUCAUCACGCGAGAACCGCGACACCGUUUUCUGUCACAUGAGGCGCGCCAUCGACCUGGUUCACUACGUAGUCAAGGAUGGCCUUUUGCAGAGUAGCAGUGACCACGUCAGCGACGCUCGAACCCCCGGCAACGGUCCCAACUCUUCUUCAAUGUCCAAUCAACCCAAAGAGGAGGAUUGGGACGUCCUGUUAACAGCCUACGGAGCCAUCCAGCAACUAGACGACUCCGUAGAGAUGACUCGGUUAACACUGGCGCCAUCGGCUUGUCGGGAACGUAUGACCUCGGCACUGGAUGCCGCCAUCGAACGAACUCAAGACUUUACAGACUCGGCCUACACGUCGCACGAACACCGGGAAAAUAUUCUCCUACUUUGGGAUCGCGUUAGAUCUGGAUUAUCUCACGUCAUCCGCGCCGGUAUCAAUUUGGAACAAAGAGAAAGGCACUCGCCAACGGAAGAACUGGAAACGGCCAUCCGGACACUCUUGCAGUGCACUCAAGAGCUGCGACUCCAACUGGAGCAGACAUCUCUUGAACAAGCGUCGGAGCUGCUGGCCUCGUCGCGGGAGGACGCCGACCUGGUCUGCCAUCUGCGAGCGGCGGCCAUUUCGCUAGAUGGCGACCGAUUCGACGAGUGCAGCGAGCGCUUUCAGGAGCACGUUGACCACUUGCAAGAAGUGUGCAAGCUCUUGCGACAUGUGGCGCCGACUGAAGCCCUACAGGUUCAAGCCAAAUAUGCCGAGAUCACCGUUCGCAUUUACGGACCCCAAAUGCUCACAGCCACUCACACCCUCUCGCUUUACCCCAAUUCCAAGAUAGCCAAAGAAAAUUUCCAAGUUUUCUCCGACUGCUGGCAGGCGCUACUCAACGACGUCACCAAUCUGGCGAAAGAAGUGUCAGAGCUUCUGCAAGGUCGCGCGACCGAAAAACAUGUUUACAUGUCCCUUCCACGACCAGGCAAACACGGGACCACUAGUAAACCUCUAAAGCCGGGUAAACUCGACUCAGAGGAGCAAGCGAAAAUAGCAAAAGCUGGACUUGAAAUGAAAUUAAUCACAAGUGAAAUGGACGCGGAAACGGACAGAUGGACAGAAGCUCAAAACGCGGCACAACAACAGGCCACUGCGCUCAGAGGAGCUGGCGGCGAAGCUCUGGGCGGAAUGGCGAAUCCGGGCGUUGCUGGAGUCGGCAACGGUGGUGCUGGUGUCGCUGGCGGAGCUGCUGUCCCGAUGAGUCCGACCAGCAGUGGCUUGGACGAGAACAAUGAUAUCGUCAAACGAGCUCGCAACAUGUCUUCCAUGGCCUUUAGUAUGUAUCAAUUCACGCGCGGUGAGGGAACGCUCAAGACCACACAGGACCUCUUCACGCAAGCCGAGUAUUUCGCCGAAGAAGCCAAUCGGCUUUACAAAGUAGUCAGGCAGUUUUGUUACCAGGUACCUGCCGGAACUUUGAAGAAAGAAUUGCUGGACUAUGUCGAUCAGAUUCCAACUUACGUACAGCAGUUGCAAUUCACCGUCAAGAAUCCCACCGUCGGGAAAGCGGCCACGUUCACCAAAGUCGACGCUGUCAUCCAAGAGACGAAAAACUGCAUGAAUUGCGUCUCGAAAGUGGUCAGCACUUGCUUCGAAUGCGCCAACAAGUAUAACUUGUAUAUGUCGGACACUUUGGUGUCGGAAGCUAUGGCAAGCAGCACUGGAAGCGAGGAGCAUCAAACAUCUUCAUCGUCGAUGAUGUUCAAACCCGUCAGCGACAUUCAAUCCAGACUAGGGAAGUACAACUUGGACUUCAGAGGACUGUCACCGCGCGGACGGUCUCCGGGUCAGCGAGGUGACGACGACAACGGCGGCGCUGGUUCGGCAACCGAAGGCGGAAAGGCGAGUGGAGGGGCGGGCGGUGACCCGUCCAUCUGACAGUUUGGGAUGGCCCGAAGGGGCAAAGGCGAUUCGAGAAGGACCAGAGUUUCAUUCUUGCUUUUCUGAGAAGUCAUUCGACAUCACAGCCGAUGGCACCAAACAGCAACUUCAAGUACAAACACCAAGGCAUUGGCAACUGCCGCUGUCGCAAUUGAGAUUCAAAAACUCCUCAAGUGUCUGAAUCUUGCCCUCUCUGCCCUGGGAGCUCAGAGUUGUCAACUCCUUGACACACAGACAUCAUCACAUGUGAAGAAAAGAAAAACAGGUAGGCCUAUAUCUGCCUAUAGAACAACAACACCGACGAGAAUCUAUAAAUUCUCCUUCCGGCCUGUGACGGUGUCUGUAAUGGUGUGGCUUUCAUGACUCGUGGAAGGCAGCAAUGAAUAUAGUUGAAACAAAUUUGUCUCGUCUCUGAUGUAUGAAAGUUGAGAACGAAUCGUGACGAUUCCUAUAACCUACUGCACAUACCCAAAUGCAAUCACUUCCUUCCUUUUUUCACCGAAUGUUUACAUUGAUCAUCGUUACGCCAUUAUUUUGAUUUGCGGGAACAUACUUUUUAGAGAUAACAACUCGGAAAAUUCUGGCAUACAUACUGGGGCUGCAACUAUCGGCUCCGUUCUGUUCGGUCUUCGGUGUCGGUUCUGAAUAAUCAUGGCCGGGUUCGAAAAUGUUAAUCACAGCAGCGCAAUCCUAGAAAAUAGGAGACCAGUUAAAACUCCGAUCCUAGACACAAUUACGGAUUUACACUAAAAGUAUUCGUGGGUGGACGGUUAAUGAUGAAUGAGAUCAAAAGUAAUCGUCAAGGAAAACAUAAUCAUUUUUUUUUAAUGUACGAAUGACGCCAAUGUACACGAGUCAUGUAAUUGUGUCUCGAUAGCAUAAUUCAGAUCACAAAAUAAUUGUUGACGUUUGUUGUCAUGACCUGUUAGAAAAAAAAAAUGUCGGGCCCUUACACAGUUCAAAUAAUGGACGAAAAUAGAUUGAUGUGGAUGGACAAUGAUAGGCGGAAAAUAAGAGGAGUUAUAACCUUUACAAUAAUGACUUAUAAAUGAUAUGUUACUGUUAAAGUUUUAGGGACAAAUUCUUUGCCAAAUUAGUAUAAUAGUCAAGAUAAUUCAUCAAAGAAAUUUAUGGAAAUUCAAAUUAUUAUCAGUUAAUUUAAUCGUAUUUUAUUGAGCCAUCCUCGUCUUUAAUUGGGUGUUUCUAUUUUACGCCGAAAUCAAUCGGGAAGAUAUUUUCUUUGAUUUUUGCAGCAAUCACAUGCCCUUUAAGUUUAAAGAAAUUUAAAUUCAGUGUUUCCCAAAUUUUCAGUUGUCUUGACAAAUGGAAGGAUAAUCAAUUAAUUGUUCGUGAAUUGCCAUCGUUUAUAAAUAUGUUUUACACUUCGAUUUCUCGACAUCUAUGGUAUUUCGGUGUUUAUCUGUCAUCCGUCAUCGCUCGCCAACGUGUAAUGAACUAAAUUUGCCUUCAACGUAUAUUUCUCAACUAAAAGUUGUUUCGUCAUAUAUGUUGAUGUAUAAGAAAAAGGAAACAAUUAACGAAGCACGGUAUUUAUGAUGAAUGUCUGUUGAUUCACCAUAUAAUCAUCGUCGUUCACUGUUGCAUGUAGGUGGUUUAUACCACUGUGAAACUAUUUACAAGCCAAAAUUACGGCUAUCUGAUGACAAUGAGAAAGCAGAUGGACAUACUAUCAAUUGUGUUGAUGUAAAUCAAAAUAAAAAAUUAUAAAAAAAAAAAAAAUCAUUUGUUGUUAUUGGGGAAGAUCAUAUAUUAAGUUCCGUUGUUUAGAAGAUUGCGAUUUUCUGUGUAUAGUGUGAAGUGUCCAUGUAGUGGUGCGUGCCCGAGGGACGGGGGGAGGAGUGCAUGUCCACCCCAAAUUGUUUUUCAAAUGCAGAUUAGUGCCAAGGUUCUAAAAAGCUGCAUCGAUCACUAAAAAAACGCCCACGACUCAUCAUCUAACUGAACGGACUUCCUCUAACUGAUAACAAUGAACAGUCAAAUGAAAGCUAAGAGAAAAAAGACUAAUGUGUCGUGCGUAUCAGUAUCACAAAAUUGCCAGAACAACAUCGACUCACACCCAAAAUGCUCUUGGUAUUUGUACAAGUGUUGGUUUUAACUUCUCUGUUAACUGUGGAGACGCUCGCUCUGGACGUAAACAUAGAAAAUAAUACAUACACAGACAUCCAAACUUCCAACAUUUACUGCCAUUCAUCCAGAAUAAACAACGCCCAGAAGGUUAUUUGCGAUUUCCGGCAUACGGCUGCAAAAUUAGGAAAUCCAGAAAGCAUUUUAAAAGGACAAAAUGAACAGCAAAGCAGAGAUUUACACCUGGAGAUUCAUAACUGUUCCACAUUAUUAAUUUCAGCCGUUUUCUAUUCAUGGAGACAUCUAUUUUCUUCUCUGCAUUUGACAAUUGAAAAUGUAGAUGACGUCGUUCAAGAAGAAAUGGCUAUGAAUCUUGGUUAUAACCAAAGCUCGCUACCUUCCGGAGAUUUCAUCAGCUUCACAUUGAAAAACUCAAAAAUGGAUAGCAUAAAACCAUAUCUCAUUUCGGACACUAAAGCUCUGUUAAUCGAGAUACAAGAAAGUCAAAUUGGAACGAUUUUUGAGAAUGCUUUCCAGAACGUGAACAAAUUGUGGCAGCUAAGAAUAAUUAAAUCAAACAUAAGCAGGAUCGUAAAUCGUGCUAUGCCGGAUGCUCUAUCUAUCGAGCCUUCCCAAGCCGCACCCGUACACGAGAUGACACCAUUCAUCUUUAACGAAACGCGCAUCGACAUGCUUGAUUCCAAUUCCAUACAGUUGCGCAUAAUGGAGAAAGACGAAUAUUUGAAUAUAGUUAACUCUCAAUUUGUGACUAUCGCAAAAGGAGGAAUUCGCAUCACGGGAUUAGGCCACGUCCUUAUAGCCGAUUCUCAAUUUCACCAAAUAGAAAAUGACUCAAUUAUCAUUCAUCUAAGAGGAAUGGAGACUGAAAGUUCCCACAAGCUCAUUGCUUACUCAACCUUGACUCUAAUGGGAAUUGACAUCUUUUCGAUGGACAUAAACAAUUUUCUUCGUAACAUACAAAUAACCAAUGGUAAGUUAUACUUGAUUCGCUUGAAUUUCCGCUAUUCCGGAGCUCUCUCGUCCAUCAUUACUAUGGACAACAAUACGAUAUCUCACAUUUCGGACCACAAUCAGACAACAGCCGCAGAACGCUGGACUGUGAUAUGCAGUUGCCGUGAAAUCGCAAAUAGAUUACAUGUAUCGCCCAAUAAUAAUGAUAGAAAAGAACCACAGGAAUUAGACAACGGAGUCUUACCAGUAAAGCAAAGCGAUUACGAUUAUGACGAGCCAACUGAGACCUCACCAACGCCAGCAAAAACGAAUGCUUCAUCCAUUUAUUCCGAUAUUCUAAAAGAGUUACGAUGUUAUCAAGAAGGAUCAAGUUCGAUUACCACGAACGAAUUUGACGCUUCCUAUUGCCCAGAUGUAACAACUGAAGCAGCAGUGGAGGGAAAAAAUCACAAUAUGAGUUAUGUGAUUCCAGAAUCGGAGCAGUCGUCGAACAGCAGUUACUAUAAUCAAUCGAUGGUCUGGUAUCUCGGUGCCACUGGAGGUUGCAUUUUUAUUGCCAUUGCAAUUCUAAGUUUCCUGGCUAUCUUCAGACACAAAAGAAAAAGUUUCAAGAUUCAUAAUAAGCAGAAGACAAAUAAAGCUUAUCGACCGAACAAUUCCAACGUCAUCAGCGAAGAUCCUAUAUGCGGGUGUGACGAGGGUGAAGAAGAGAGUCAAGUGUAGAACCGAAUGAUUAUAUACUUGAAAAUUGUUGGCAAUAAUAAAAAUUGAUUUCAAUAAGAAGAACGAAUAAAGUUGUGAAAACUA